GCGGAACUGGUAGUAAUAGUAGAAUUGCAGUGCUGCAAUCAACUGUACAGUUGUACUACUAACCACUGUUAUAUAUCAACAACAAAAGGACCCGUCAGCUACAACCAAGCAGGUACAGGAUACUCAGGCUCGGCGCUCUGCACGUAGCAGGCGAUCAUUGUCAAACCACCAACCAACUCCGCCGCAGUUGGUUCACUGGGCCAAAAAUAUUUCCUCCAAGUCGCCUGGAACCAUCCCCAUCGCCGACCGCGCAAUCGACGGCGGCACACCAGACUCCCCUGUCCAGAGACUCUAUAUAACGAAACGGCAGCAUGUCAUCCAUAAAAUACCGACACUUAAGCCGGCCGUCGGCACACCGACAAGCCCUCCUCCGCAACCUAGUGACCUCCCUGAUCGCCAAUGAAUCGAUAUCCACGACGUACGCAAAGGCCAAAGAAGCGCAGCGCCUCGCGGAGAAACUGAUCACGCUGGGCAAGAAGAACACAAACGCCGCUCGGCAGCGGGCCAAGAGCAUAUUUUUCGAACCUGAACGACACAUGGACAAAUUAUUCACCGUGUUGCGAAAACGCUACGAACACCGACCGGGCGGGUACACGCGCGUGUUGCGGCAGGAGCCCAUCCGCGACGACCAGGGCGAGUCGGCGAUCCUGUCGCUGGUCGACGGGCCCCGCGACAUGCGGUUCAGCAUGACUGCCAAAGCGCUCGUGCGGCAACGCAAGGAAGGCCUGCCCAUGCAUGAACUCACGGCCGUCAAUGUCCGCAAGGUCACGAGGUUUCGCGAAAACGGCGAGGACGCCCUCGAGGAAGAGGUCAAGAGGCUCGAGGCCGAUAUGGAGGCCCAGUCGCUGUUGGAGAAGUCCGAGUUUGAAGAGGACGGCACGGUCUACGAGUGGGUUCGUGGCGAAAAGGAUCGUAGGUCGACUGCGAAGGGGAAAGAGAAGAAUGGUCCCGGUCGGCUGAGGAGGCAGCGCGUCGGUGAGGAUAAGGAGUUGUAAAACAAAACAAGAAUAGAAAUCUCGAUUUGCUGGUUUUCGCUCGCGGGUCUUCUGGGUUUACCGUCCAGAAUCUGGCGGCGACCCCUGUUUUUGGGGCUGUUGUUCUUUUUGUUUCCUGCCGAGUUCAAUUCAUGGCUCGUAUUUCUAUGCGUGGCUGGGCUACUCGUUUGGCGUCAUUUGAAUUGGAGACACUCCAUUGCAUGCAUAAGGCGCCGGAACUUGUGCUCAGCAGACAGUGGAAGGCAGAGAUGGCUGGAGUAAUACAUGCAUCAUUGGGAAUAAGAUGCGAGGAGCACGGGAAAUCGCUGGUUUCGCAACUCUGACGAUCAAUGCUCCGGAGCAAGAUCAGAAAAUUCAGACAAUUCAGUCACAGAGAACGUUUCAACCAUGUCAUAUGAGCUACUCAGAGUUCUA